GUCCAUUCCCGUCGUUCCUUUGCGUUUGACCCUCUCUCUCUCUCUCUCUCUCUCUCUCUCUCUCUGUCUCUGCUUCUUCUUCUUCUUCUUCUUCUUAUCCCUCUUCUCUUCUCUUCUCUUCUCUCUGUGAUCUCUCUGUGCUUCCAUUCUCAGUUCCAUUUUGUUAUUCAUAUCCCACUUCUUAUUCUUCUUCUUCACCCAAAUCUUCAAUCAACAUCAAUAUAUACUUGCUCUGCUUCUACCUCUGUUUCUGCAGUCAGAGCACCAACCUCAGAGACACAAACACCAACUGAACUCAGCUGUUAUUCACAUAAUCACAUACCCUUUUGCUGAUUUCAGCUGUUCAGAGCUUCAGCUUAUCAUGGGCCGGCAGAAGAAGCGGUUACCCUGAAGGCUGAAGAAGAUCACUGUUUCUGCUGCACCUUCUUAGGCUGUUUCUGUGGGGUUCGGUUCAAUAUUCGUGUUGAACAUUGAGACACGCACAACGAGAUAUGGCUGGUAGUAAUGAAGUCAACCUCAAUGAAUCUCGGAAUGUUGUUCCACUGAAUACAUGGGUGCUUAUCUCCAAUUUCAAGCUAGCCUACAAUCUUCUCAGACGUGCUGAUGGAACAUUCAAUCGAGAGUUAGCAGAGUUUCUGGACCGAAAGGUGCCGGCCAAUGCAUUUGCUGUUGAUGGAGUCUUCUCUUUUGAUCACGUGGACCGGAACAAUGGCCUCUUCAACCGGGUCUACAUGCCAGCUUCUGAGAAUGAAUCUCAAUGGGGUGUGAAGAACAUGGAGAGGCCUUUAAGCACAACAAAGAUUGUGCCUGUCAUAAUCUUCUUCCAUGGGGGAAGCUUCUGUCAUUCCUCUGCCAACAGCGCUAUCUACGAUGCCUUCUGCCGCCGCCUUGUAAGCGUCUGCGGGGCAGCUGUGGUGUCGGUUGAUUACAGGCGGUCACCGGAGCACCGGUAUCCGGCUGCCUACGAAGACGGCUGGGCGGCACUCAAGUGGGUGAAGUCAAGAACUUGGCUGCAAAGUGGGAAGGAUUCCAAGGUUUAUGUGUACAUGGCUGGGGACAGUUCUGGAGGGAACAUUGCUCAUCAUGUGGCGGUGAGGGCGGCGGAGGAAGGAAUUGAGGUUUUAGGGAACAUUCUUCUCCACCCUUUGUUUGGCGGCGAGAAGAGGACGGAAUCGGAGAUGAGGCUUGAUGGGAAGUACUUUGUGAGAUUGCAGGACCGUGAUUGGUAUUGGAGAGCUUUUCUUCCUGAGGGAGAGGAUAGGGACCAUCCUGGUUGUAACCCUUUUGGCCCCAAAGGGAAAAGCAUUAAAGGGAUCAAAUUCCCUAAAAGCCUUGUUUGUGUGGCUGGUUUGGAUGUUCUCCAAGAUUGGCAAUUGGCUUAUGCGGAAGGCCUUCAGAAAAAUGGCCACCAGGUCAAACCUCUUUUCCUCAAGGAGGCCACCAUUGGUUUCUACUUCUUGCCAAACAAUGAUCAUUUCUAUUGCCUCAUGGACGAGAUCAAGAGCUUCGUGAGUUCUUCUGACUGUUAAUACAGUGCAUGUUUGGAAAUCCUUCUACAAUCGAUCUUGAUCGAGGCAAAAUCAAUUUUGGGGAGAAGCUUAGCUUCUGAGUUUCAGAAUUGAUUCUGAGAAAAUAGAAGCUGAUUCAAACAUGCAAAUACUACUAUUGCUGCUAAUCAUUGCUACUUAACCUCACCCUUAGAAGGGCAUACAUAAUAGAAGCUUGACAUUUUCACUUGGGAUCUCUUUUUUUGUUUUUGUAUCUUCUUUUUCCACUUUCCCUACUUUGUAGUAUUGGUGUGAAAUUAUGUAGCAAUAGUUCUUACUUUCAUUACACCUAUGGUGGUCAAUUUAUUACAUCUAUGGUGGUCAAUUUGAGAGAUCUGUAGCCUGGGGAGCUUCCACCAGUUUCAGCAAUCUGAAGUACUAGAACUCAGUUCAAUUGUGGGGUUUGGAGGAACUACAGUAUGCAACACUUGCCCCAUUUAACAUUUUAACUUCAAUAGCAAGAGGGAAGAUAGAAGAUGAGGCUUGGUUCAUCACUUUUGAUUCAGUGGUUGCUUUCCUCUUGUAGCACUAAUUACUCAACGUGAACUUGAGAAGAUCCCAGUUAUGGAUUUGUAUGUUAUAUAUAUAGUAUAUAUACCUAUGUUCUUGAGUUACAUAGUUUGUCUUGGAUGUUUGCUUUUGCUGUGAUUUGAAUUAUGCAGUUGUUGUUUCACAA